GCACGUCCCGUCGUCAGCCAUGUUGUUUGUCUGACAGCGCUGUACUGCAACAGGUUGUUAAAGAUCCUCAAUAAAACACUGCAGAAAUUCUUUAAAGAAACCCUGAAAGCCGAUUGUCAUCACGUUAAUUCAGAGGACAAUGGAAAAGGAUAUGUUUUCCUCCCAGGAGAUUUCGCAAAGUCAAUAAUGCUGUUGUGUAAUAUGACUGAGCUAGCCAGCUGAGACGAGGAGAUCAGGACCACUCUCCUCAUAUCCCUGCCACCUGCAGCUAUGAAUGUGUAAAUGCAUUUAUGGCACCUCCGCUUCAUCAGACGCUUCAUGGUGGUCGGAGUAUUUGGGCUAUAACCCCAGAGGAGAGGGACAAACAUGAUCAGAAGUUUGACUCCCUCUUGCCAGUACAGGGCUUUGUUACAGGGGAGAAGGCACGAAACUUCUUCAUUCAGUCAGGGCUUCCCCAGUCUGUGCUAGCUGAGAUCUGGGCCCUGGCUGAUAUGAAUAAAGAUGGUAGGAUGGACCGGUUGGAGUUUUCUAUAGCCAUGAAGCUGAUCAAGAUGAAACUGCAGGGACAGAAUCUUCCUACAGCUCUGCCCAUCAUCAUGAAGCAGCCACCUGUGCCAGUUCCAACCAUGCCAGCAACACCUCUCGGAAUGGGAACUAUGCCAAAUGUACCCAUGAUGCCGAACAUACCCAUUCUGACCCCUAUACCAAUGACCACUAUGAGCCCCAUGCCGGGCAUGACUCCCAUGAUGGGCACAGGGCUGUCGAUGCCAGUGAUGCCCACCAUCAGCACUCCAGCCCUGCCUAAUGGACCUAUUGCCAUUCUACACCCGACCCCCAUCCCUAUCACUUCCACUCUCCAGCUAUCAAGUUCCUUUUCCUCUUCUCCACUGGGCUUCUCUGCCACUCCAAUGAACAAGAACCCAUCUUUGUUGGACCUGGGCUCGAGCAGCUCAAACUCCUCCCCCUCCACAUCACUGGCCAGCAACUCUCCUAAGGGUGGCCUUUCUGAUUGGGCUGUCCCACAGGCAUCACGACUCAAAUACAGGCAGCAGUUUAACAGCCUAGACAAGCAAAUGAUGGGUUAUCUAACAGGUCCUCAAGUGAGAAAUAUAAUGGCUACAACAAUGCUUACUCAGACUCAGCUAGCUGCCAUCUGGAAUCUUGCUGAUGUGGAUAAGGAUGGUAAACUGAAGGCUGAUGAGUUUAUUCUUGCCAUGCAUCUAGUAGACAUGGCUAAAAUGGGCCAGCCGCUGCCUAUGGCACUCCCUUCAGAGCUGGUGCCCCCAUCACUGAGGGGGAAGCUUGGUGAGUCUGUGAAUGGAACCACUGCCUCGAUCUAUGCAGGCCUGGCUGAGGACCUCUACGAGUCUGAGCCUCCGCAGAAAUCAAGGAACAAUUUGACUUUUGAAGAUAAGUUCAAGAAAAAUAUGGAGAUGGGAAAUGCUGAGCUGGAGAAGCGCCGGCAGGCACUGCUGGAGCAGCAGCGCAGGGAAGAGGAGAGGAGGGCACAGAAGGCCAGAGAGGAGCAGGAGAGAAGAGAGAGGGAGGCACGAGAGCUGGAGCUGAAGAGGAAGAGGGAGGAAGAGCUCAGACUGGAGCGACAGAGAGAGCUGGAGCGACAAAGAGAGGAGGAGAGACUUAAAGAGCUGGAGAGGAAGGAGGCAGCCAAGAAGGAGCUGGAGCGCCAACAGCAGCUUGAGUGGGAGAGGAGGAGAAAGCAAGAGCUCCUAAACCAGAAGAGUGAGGAGCAGGAGGAGAUCAUCAGGCUCCGAGCCAAGAAGAGGAGUCUGGAGAUGGAGCUAGAGGCUGUGGGCAACAAGCAUAAACAAAUCUCUGACAAGCUCCGAGAUGCUGAAGGCAAAAAGAGAAUCCAUAAAAAUGAGCUGGAAAUGAUCAACCACAAAAGAGACUCCUGCAUCACAGAAAUCAGCUCUCUGCAGAAACAGUUAGAGGAAUUUAAGAGAAAGUUAGGACAGUCGACCAUAGAACAGCAAAAACUCAAUGACAGACUCUGCAACCUCAAUCUGAACAACCUCCCUACUGCAACAGUGAAAACUUUACAGAGUAAAGUGGAAGAGAAGGAUCUUACCUGUCGAAAGCUUAAAGAACAGGUUAAUGCUUUGGAAAAAGAGACUGCAGUUAAAUUAGCAGAUAUGGAUCAGUAUAAGAAAGAAAUACAGUUUGAGGAAAUGGAUGACUGCAUGCUUAAAGGCCUGCUCUCUUUACUGAGUUGCCUCAGCAAUCUCUUCUUCCUUUUGAAGGAUCUCCGAGAGAGCCAGAGGACACAACAGUCUGCUUUGGAAAAACUACGCACCAUUAAGGAAGAAAAAAUCCGAGAGCUAAAGAAACGCAAGCAGGAGGAACUGGAAAAGAAGAGGAGAGAAGAGGAAGAGCAGACACGCAUCAAACUGGAGAAGGAGCGGCAGUGGCAGGAGAAACUGCGGCGUGAAGAGGAGGAGAAACAGAGGAAAAUACAGGAGGAGAGAGAAGCCAAACUUCGUGAGGAGGAGGAGAAGGAGAGACAAGCUCGUUUACAGGCUGCUAGAGAACAAGCGGAACGAGAGCACAAAGCCCGGGAGGAGGAGGAGGAGAGGAGGCGCAGGGAGGCGGAGGAGGAAAGGAGAGAACAAGAGAGACGCAGACUUGAGGAGAAAAGGAGGCAGGAGGAGGAAGAGCAGCGCAGGCAGCGAGAUGAGGAAAGGAGGAAACUGGAGGAGGAGAGGAGAAAACUGGAGGAAGAACGGAGAAAACUGGAGGAGGAAAGGAGGAGGCAGGAGGAGUUAAGAGCAGAGGAGGAGCGGAGAAGAGCAGAGGAGGAGUGGAGGAGGAAAGAGGAGGAGAGACGGGAAGAGGAGAGAAGAAGGGAGCGUGAGGAGGAAGAGAGGAGGAGACACCGUGCACAGGAGGCUGCCAUGAGAGAUGCAGAGGAGAGAAAAAGAAAAGAGGAGGACCGUAAAAGGCAGGAAGAGGAGGACAGGAGGCGUCGGGAGGAGGAGCAAAGGAAACAGGAUGAGGAGAGGAAAAAGAAACAGCAGGAGGAAGAGGCUGCAGCCGCAAGACUGAAAGACGAUGACGAGAACAAGAAGAACACUGUUAAAUCAGACAUUGUUGCUGCUCUUCUGCGCGGCCUGGAGGAGAGGAAAGGCAGCAGACAUCCUCUUGGCACACAGCACAGAAGAUCAGCGGCACUGACGACGUUUAAAGCCCUCUACUCCUUCACUGCCAGAAAUGAUGAAGAGCUUUCCUUUGAUAGCGAUGACCUGAUUGAGGUGGAUGAGAGCAUAGAGCGAGAGCAGGGCUGGCUGUACGGCAGUCGGCAGGGGAAGAUGGGCUGGUUCCCCGAGAGUUAUGUGGAAAAGCAGGCCAAAUCUGAGGCUCCACUCAUGGCCAAACAAGCCCUAAAGCCACAGGUCUCAAUCUCUGUCAGCAAACUGAGUGAUGGAGCGAGUGGAUCACGGCUGAACUCCACUUUCACCCCCACUCAUGCCACAGGCUCCGCCUCAUCCAACCAUGGUCAGGUGGUGGGGAAUGUGCAAGCUCAAGCUCUGUGCUCAUGGACUGCAAAGACUGACAACCAUCUCAACUUCUCCAAAGAUGAUGUGAUCACAGUUCUGGAGCAGCAGGAGAACUGGUGGCUUGGAGAGCUCCGUGGGGUUCAGGGGUGGUUCCCCAAAACCUAUGUUACAGUGCUGAGCGCCACUGAUGCACAAGCAGAUUCCACUGAAGGAUCUGAUACAGCAGAUGGAUCCAGCUAUGAAGAAUAUGUGGCGCUGUACACUUACGAGAGCCCUGAGCCUGGAGACCUGACCUUCACCGAGGGAGACACCAUCCUGGUCUCAGAGAGAGAAGGGGAGUGGUGGAGAGGCAGCAUCGGCGACAGAUCGGGACUCUUUCCCUCCAAUUAUGUCAAGCCAAAGGAGACCGAUACAUCAAGUCUCUCUGGUAAACUUGGAACGCCUGGAAAGAAACCAGAAGUGGCCCAGGUGACCACUGCGCACACAGCUGCAGGUGCAGAGCAGUUGAAUCUAUCCCCAGGACAGCUCAUCCUCAUCCUCACUAAGAACCCCUCCGGCUGGUGGCUCGGGGAACUGCAGGCCAGGGGGAAGAAGCGUCAGAAGGGCUGGUUCCCUGCUUCACACGUCAAGCUUCUGGGCUCAAACAGCGGCAAAUCUACACCUUCAUCUGCAGCUGUCGGCCAAGUCAUCGCCAUAUACGACUACACCGCAGCGAAUGAGGACGAGCUGAGCUUCUCGAAGAGUCAAGUUAUCAACGUGCUGGACAAAAGCGAUCCUGACUGGUGGAAAGGAGAGCUCAAUGGGGUCACGGGCUUGAUUCCUACCAACUAUGUGAAAAUGACCCAUUCGGAUUCUGACCCCAGUCACCAAUGGUGCACUGACCUGAGCACUCUGGAUGCAAUGAGCCCUCAGGAGAGGAAACGGCAAGGAUACAUCCAUGAGCUUAUUGAGACAGAGGAGAAAUACAUUGAAGACCUACAGCUGGUUCUAGAGGUACAAAAUGCUCAAGUAUGUGAGGUUAACUUGGAAAUGUUCUUAUCUUUUACCAGUCUGCAGUGUAUCAUGCAUGAUGUGUGUAUUGUCAGGGCUCUGAAGACAAGGAAAAAGACGGGGGGUGAGAACAUGCCUGUUCACAUGAUCGGGGACAUUCUGGCCUCUGAGCUGUCACACAUGCAGGCCUACAUCCGCUUCUGCAGCUGCCAGCUGAACGGUGCCGCACUGCUGCAACAGAGAACCGAUCAGGAGCCAGACUUCAAAACCUUCCUUAAGAAAAUUGCCACAGACUACCGUUGUAAAGGAAUGCCUUUGUCCAGCUUUUUACUUAAACCUAUGCAAAGGAUCACUCGCUACCCUCUCCAUAUUAAACAUAUCCUGGAAAGUACUCCAGAGAGUCACGUGGACAAUGUUCAGCUGCAAGAGGCUUUGGAGAAGGCAGAGCUGCUGUGCUCUCAGGUGAACGAAGGUGUCAGGGAGAAGGAGAACUCUGACAGGCUGGAGUGGAUCCAAUCCCAUGUGCAGUGUGAAGGUAUCACAGAGAAUCUGACUUUCAACUCUCUGACCAACUGCUUGGGUCCUCGUAAAUUGCUGCACAGUGGGAAGGUGUUUAAGACCAAGAGCAAUAAGGAGUUAUACGCCUUUCUGUUCAAUGACUUUCUGCUGUUCACUCAAGCUGUCAGGCAGUUCACUUCCUCAGGAACGGACAAGCUCUUUAGCCCCAAGUCUAACACCCAGUACAAGAUGUAUAAGCAGCCUGUGUUCCUCAAUGAAGUUCUGGUGAAGCUUCCGUCAGAUCCGUCCAGCGACGAGCCCGUCUUCCACAUUUCCCACAUAGAUCGUGUGUACACACUGAGGACAGAGAACAUUAAUGAGAGGCCUGCGUGGGUUCAGAAGAUCAAAGCAGCAUCAGAAGCAUUCAUUGAGAUGGAGAAGAAGAAACGGGAAAAGGCCUAUCAAUCUCGAUCAAUGAAAGCAAGUGGAAUUGGUCGCCUGCUUGUCACCAUCUUAGAGGCAACAGAGCUAAAGUCCUCCAAACCAAAUGGAAAGAGUAAUCCAUACUGUGAAGUGACCAUGGGUUCUCAGUGCUACACUUCCCGGACCAUCAAUGACACCGUCAACCCCAAGUGGAGCUUCAAUUGUCAGUUUCACAUUAAAGACCUGUAUCAAGAUGUCCUCUGUAUUACGAUUUUUGAGCGGGAGCAAUUUUCACCAGAUGACUUUUUAGGUCGCACUGAGGUUCCUGUAGCCACUAUUAAGAAAGAGCUUGAGAAUAAAGGUCCGUCCACUAGGAGGCUGCUGCUUCAUGAAGUUCCCACUGGAGAGGUUUGGGUUCGGCUCGACCUGCAGCUGUUUGACCACAAAGCCCCCAAAUGAUGAGGAGAGAGCAUCUCCCUUCAAAACUGCACAACACUAUCACCACAAGAUUCUCA